AUGUCUUGGCUCAGAAGCAAGAAAGCGUCCGUCAACAACCUCAAGGCAGACGAGUCAGCCAGGUCCAAAACCCCUACCCCUAGCAAUCCAGAUGGGAAACCGCAAAAGCGUACUUUUCGAUCUGGCCUUCUCACCAUCCGUGUGAUGGGUGCUGAAGGCAUCAGCAUGCCACCAGGAGUUGCUCUUCCAGCGUCAGUCCAGUCAGCGCUGUCCUCUCAGCAGGCCAAGGUCGCUGCCUCCGUAUCUCCAUCCUCUGUCAAUCAACAGCGCCUCGCUAGCAGGUCCAGAGGUAGCAGGUAA